AAAAAUACUGAGGGCAUGCCGGAGUGUGAGCAGGCAGGGGAGGAGGAGGAGGUGAGAGUGCCUCGCACCAUGUUCUCUGGGUGCCCGCUGGGUGCAGUUUGGGAAAUGUUCCUCCUGUGAAUGGACGCACCAUGAACAUUUGGGAAGUGAUCCUGGCUUUCUUGGUUGUGGUCCUGAUCCUCGUGUCAUUGCUGUCCAACGUGCUGGUGCUGAUCUGCUUCUUGUACAGCGCCGACAUCCGCAAGCAGGUCCCGGGAUUGUUUAUCCUCAACCUGACCUUCUCCAACUUGUUGAUGACGGUCUUGAACAUGCCCCUGACCCUGACUGGGAUCAUUUACAAGAAUCAACCGGGGGGAGAUCAGUUUUGCCACAUGGUGGGAUUCCUGGAGACUUUCUUGACCACCAACUCCAUGCUGAGCAUGGCAGCGCUGAGCAUAGACAGAUGGAUAGCUGUGGUCUUCCCUCUAAGUUAUCAUUCCAAAAUGCGUUACAAAGAUGCUGCUCUGAUACUCAGCUACACGUGGCUACACUCUGUGUCCUUCCCUAUAGUGGCAGCUUCUCUCUCCUGGGUGGGUUUCCAUCACCUUUAUGCCUCCUGCACCCUGUACAACAACAGAUCAGAGGAGAGGACACAGUUUGUGAUUUUCACGGGGGUCUUUCACAUCCUCAGCUUCCUCCUCUCCCUCGUAGUGUUGUGUUUCACCUAUCUAAAAGUGCUGAAGGUGGCACGGUUUCACUGUAAACGGAUUGACGUGAUUACUAUGCAGACACUGGUGCUGCUGGUGGACAUCCAUCCCAGUGUACGAGAGCGUUGUCUAGAAGAACAAAAGAGACGGCGGCAACGAGCAACAAAGAAAAUCAGUACCUUUAUUGGUACUUUUAUACUUUGUUUUGCACCUUAUGUAAUUACAAGAGUGGUAGAAUUAUCAUCCGUAGUCCCCAUCAAUUCUCACUGGGGAGUCAUUUCCAAGUGCUUGGCUUACAGCAAAGCUGUUUCAGACCCUUUUGUGUACUCUUUAUUACGACAUCAGUACAAGAAGACGUGGAAGGACAUAAUAAACAAGAUUCUUAAAAGAAGCUCCAUAAAUUCCUCAGCCCUCACAAGCGAAUCGCACAAUCAGAAUAUAUUGCAAACAACUGAAUGAGGAAGCCAGCACAGAAUCUCCACGAAAGAUGGAAGAAUACAAGGUGGUUGGGGGGAGUAACAUGUAGCUAUCAUUAACUAACAAUGGUCAUGAAAGUUAUUCACUGAAGCUCACAGUCUAGCUUGUACAUCAUCAGCAGCCCAUGUAACAACUUUCCUAGUGAAGCUGGCUGCUUCACAUGUCCUUCUUUUGACAUGAAGUGUUGUAAUUGAUACCUGAACCUGCCAGCUCUCCAAACACAAAUAUCCCAUUGACUUCAAUGCAAGGUGAUGCAUCCAUAAUGAGUCAAACCCUGUCCUUAUUUGAGGGAGCCAUAGAAGUGGCAGGAGCAAAACUUUGCAGGGUCCAUUUCAAUGCUACUCUAAAAAGCUGUAGUGUGCAUCCCUGGCUUGCACAUGUUGCUGGCUCCAUGUGAUGCUCCACCCGAUCCCCCUUGCUAGAACUACAGAAUGAUGCUCACCUGGCUGCUUGAGUAGGUCCCUAUGGAAAAUCUUGUUAGACCUUAAUAGAAAAUUAUCUGUCUGUUUACCUAUGUGCUUAUAUGGCCCCUUUGCUGUAGCUUCUGAGGUCCUUUUUCUAUAUGCUUUUUUGAACUAUCCUGUAGAACUGAAUAGAGAAUGAUAUCUCCUAUAGAGUGCUAUAGGAUGGCUCAAUUAAGGCCACCUUUCCUUAUUAAAUCCUGUAGGUUCUCAGAGUAAUUUCUAUAGAACUUUCUUGGUUUCCUCCCCAUGAAAUUCUAGAGGACUUUUCCACAGGGUAUACGGGGAUAAGUGGUCAGGAUACAUAUGUCCCUUUCCCACAUGUCUGAACUGUAUAGGGAUAGGGGAGGAUUUUACCCAAUGACUGCAGGACUGGACUCAUUUCCCAGAAAGUUUUCAAAGAGUCUAGUUAUUUUCUUCACUGAAACUUUAUUAAUCAUGAAAAGCUUUAAAUUGUUAUGGUUUUUGAUGGUUAGUUGUUUUUUGGGAGAAGUAGAAGGUGGUUUGAAGUAGAGAUAGGCCCAAAGCUGAAAUGGACUGGGCCAAAAAUCAUGGAUCCAAAUUCUCCUAAAUUUGUGGUCCAAACUCUGGAUCAAGAUUUGAAUUUCCCAAAUUUCAGGGUGUUAGAUUUAGUCCCUUAUAGAGCUAGAUUCAAUCUGCAGACUUCAGUCUGAACCCAGAAUCCCAUUUCUCUUUUAGAGGUAUGGUUUCUUCUCAGUCUUUUAUUAAAGAACAGCUCUGUCAUUAUCAAUCACUGCAUUUUCAGUCGGCUGUUAAUGCAGAUAUACAAAUUGGCAAAACAUUCAGACAAAAUCAAGACAAUCCUAUGUACAAUAUUUCUAUGGGGACUUCAUUCUGUAUAUUACAUUUGGUUCAGUCCUUAGCAUAAGAAUCUUUACGGAGUUCAGGGCAACACAAUUCUGUUUUGUAAGUAUUAUUCGUUUGACUUUAUCCUUUAAUUAUAACUAUACUCAGUAGAUGACUUCAUAAUUAAGUGACACAUACAUCUCUGACCCUGAAACCAUCAUCCAGCCAUUCAUUCAGAAUUAUAUUCACUGAUCAUCAGCAAUUGUCCUUUUGAUUCAAUGAAAACCAAGGUGGCAUAAGAUUAUCUCUGUACAUUCCAAAUGUUUUGCCAGUUAACUGAUAUGUAAAAAACAAGAACAAUAAUUAAUCAAUCCUCAUUUUUGUUACUGUAAUUUUAAAGUUAAUUGGUAGCACAUGAUGUCCUCAUUAUGACACCAGAUUAAUUUUAAGUCAAGCACCGUUGGUCUCAAAAACCUCACAUGGUAUAUAUGUUUGUUAAAUAUAUCAAAAAUAUUUUUAUAAACUCACUCUUUGUGCCAGUAACCAAAGUGUUCUGAUACUGAGAUAAUGCUUCUCGGUGGAUUUUAGUCAAUUUUUCUGAUAAAGAGACAAAAUUCUGCCUCAGAUCUGCACACUUAUCUACAGAAAGUGAUUUAGAGUCCAGACAAGAAAUCAUAAUUACAUCACAACAAAAAUUAAUUGUCGAGGAAUAGAUUUGUAUAGUGUUCGGUCUAAAAUAGUCUGCUCCACAAAACCAGCUGAAUGUUUUGGUGAUGGUAUGAUUGCAGAUUUGUGCCCAGAGUACACCUGGAAUUGAAUGCAUAUAGUGAGAUACCUUCAUUCAUAUGAUUGGCAUCUUCCAAUAAUGGUUCAGGUCCUUGAUGAGAUUGAAAAUUUUUUGCUCUGUUCAUAUUCUGCAGAUAAAUAUGAAUCUGAGGGCCAUAUUGAGCUGAUGAGGCCCUCUGCACUGGAGAGCUCAAAUUCAUUCUUGGAGUAAGGUAGGCAAUGGUACUGCUCUCCCUUAUAUUUCUGCUACGUGAGGGGAAUUUUAUUCCGAUCUAUGCGCUCCAUUAGCAGAGGCUGAUAGACUAAAUAAAGGUAUUGUCCCAGGUGGUAUGGUCAGGCACAUUUACCAACCAGCUUUGUCCACUUUUUGGAAACACUGGUCCCUUACAGCUGUCCCACCUAGGCAAGGGAGGUUGUAGCUGCUUUCUGUAGCUUCCUGCACCUUGGGAGAAUGUCUAUUGUUGAGGCUUUAGUAAAAGCCUGAUCCAAAGGCCAUUGAAGUCAAUAGGAAUCUUUUCACUAAUUUCAAUUGGCUUUGGAUCAGGCCCCAAGUAUCCAUGUGGGCAUUAGCCUGCAUAGAACAGUGGUGAAUUUAGCCAUUGCUCUAUAAAGAUCUCUCUUCUAUAGUGAAGUGUACAUAAACAAGCAUUCACAUACUUUAAAAAUGAAAUAUUAAACGAGGGAGAUUGACAACUACACUGUAAAUAAAUAUUCUCAUGUUAACUAUUAAUAGUAGUCAAAUAAAUUGUAUAGCUACAUAAAAAGUUAGGGAAUUUAAAUAAAUUUCCUCUGAUCCAACACCCCAAGUUUAGCCCCUUCUCCCCCAAAUUAAAUUGUCUACCUCAUCUUAAUGAUUUGAUUUAUUGGGCUUAACAUGAUUUUCUCAGGUGCAAUAAGUAGAAACAUCUGGUUCAGUAUUUUUUUCUUAAGGACUUAUUUUAAUGGCUUGAUUGUAUUUCUGACAAGAGUCAGGGAGAAUGACUAACUGCUGUUAGUCAGUUUAAAAACUGUAAAGGGUACAAUAUAGAUAAUUUUAUGUUCCAUAGUGAUCACAUUUGUUUAAGCGUAUUGCAACUGGCUGUCUUAAGGCCCAUUCCUGUUGUUAAUCUGUGCAUGGGACUGCUAUUGAAGUCAAUAGGAGGUCUGCAUGCAGAACCACCAUAGGACUGGUUAAAUAUUCAAUACUGUCCCCAUAGAGAUUAACUUUUUAAAAAGAGCAAUCAUUCAAAAAGAGUGAGAUGACUUCCGAGCCAACUUUUACAAGAACUAUUAAGGCGGCUAGUAAAAGACGGAGAAGAAUAUAGACAGGUUUGUUUCAUUACAACUGUGUGUCACACUCAGUCCUUGGUUGAUUCAUGUGUCAUCAUGAGCAAUAAAUCUCUCCCCCGUAUGUUGUGUAGCAAUUUAUCUUUCUUUCAUGGUGCCUUUCUUCUAGAAUUAACCUUAUAAGAGAAGCAAAUUUAAUUUCCUCAUACUUGCAUUUUUUAAACUUGAUACAGAUAUCUGACACAUUACCAUAUUUCUAGCAUAGGAGACAAGCUAGAGCUUUAAAUGCUGGUGCUCAAUAAACUGAUUCAACAUACAAAAUAAAAGUAAUAUCUGAACAUUUUGCUGAUAUUUUAUAGGAUGCUAGAAAUAUGAUUCAGUGGCUCAUUAAGUGAUAGAUAUUAAGCUGAAUUCUUAUAGGCAAUGGGCAAAGUUUUCUAAAAUAUGUGCCUGAGUGAUGAAUGUACAUGCAAGUUACUAUGUGUCUAUUAUCACAUACUAUAUGAUGCUUUCGCUCCAGUGAGUUAGAAUAAUGAUGGCAAAUGGAAUGCACAAUACUUUAUCUCUGACCAUGAAGCGGAAUUGCAGUCUUCCUUUCGGAAGCGCAACUGUGUAUGUAUGUUUUAUGUACAGUUGUUAUUUUAAACCAUUGGAAUAAUUUUUUUAAACGUGUGCAUAAAAUGUGCUCAGUAAACCUUGUAUUGCAUCUGCAAAAGUUGCAUAACUGCCUGUACAAUAUGCAGUUUGUCUUUAAAAUCUGCAAUUCCAUAUUCUAUAUCCAUUUUCUACAUGCAUGUCCAAUUACCUAUCUUCCCAUGUGCAACUCUGUGUUUUGCAGACAGAACUUGGGUGGAUAUUUAUGAAAAUUUAGCCCAAUAUGGUAUGUAGCCUUUUAAAAGCAUGAGCUUCUUUUAUGUUCAUUGUCCUUUGGCAGAUGCUUAUAGCAUUUCAAUGGGUGUAUUUGGGUUAAUAAUGCAUUGCAAAAAACAAUAAGAGGUUGAAACUAACCAUUCCAGUAAAUAAAAAGGCCAGAUCUUCAGCUGGCAUAAAGUCAUCAUAUUUUUAUUCACCUCAAUAGAGCUAUGCUGAUUUAUAUCAGGUAAGGAUAUGGCCCUAUGUAUGACUGGGUAGAUAUUAUUUAACCCAACCAUUAAAUGUCUUGUGUUCAGAUUUUUAAAGGUGUUUAGGUUCUGAAAGAUUCAGAUAGACACCUAG